ACUGGGGAAAAUCAUGAAUUCCUAAGGUUGUCGAGACAUAGAUAUAGGCAAAAGUUGUCCGAAUCCGCUGGUCCGGUAGGCCUGUUCUUCAAUCUUACCUCCUUUUUUUUGUUUUUUCGCUCAGUUUCCAGCCCAGAUCGAGCAUAUUUUAUUAAUAGGUUAGGCUAAUUCAUUGUGCUGGUAUUUAUUAAAUGUGUUUUUCAAGAAAAGUAAAGAUCUAGGCACAGAAACAAAAAUCAGCACAGUAAUACAGAAUAACAAGUUGCAGAUCAAAGUGGAAGCGUUGAAAUUAAGUAAAAAGAGGAAAGCAUCCAAAUUACUAAGAUUGAGAAUGUGAACAAGUCUAGAUCGGACGAAAUAUUCUGGCUUAAGAGGUCAGAAUGAGAGCAGAGAGAAAUGAAGAGGAACUGAAAUAAAGACUUGGUUUGUAUAGAUGCCAGUGGGUCACUGGUUUGCAUGAUAUAAAUCAGCUGAUCGGACAAAGUGAGAACAACAACAACACUAGAUCUAGCCUACAGACGAUGCGUUUCAAGGUCAUGUAGGGCCAGACGUAGAUCUAGUAAGCCUACGAUUCUGCUGCUGGCAUGUUGGAGGGGCCUGGGUUUACGGGUUUUUAAUACGUUUUUAUAUUGUUGUUGCUGUACUGUCAGUAAAUCAUUUAGAAAAUGGUACCAAAGAUGCUUUUGGAAGAGAGCGACCUAGCGCGAAAAGCUCGCGCAUACGCUUAUCAACGAAAAGACCCUCAUAUUAAACCUGGCUAGAUCUAAAAAUAAAAUGUUCCGUUAUGAAUAUUGAUAAGUUGACACACUUGUCUCGCUUUCGUGCUGGUGGCGCGAGACAUUUGCCAAGUUGUUGGUUUUCCAGGAGCACAGCCAUUUCAAUGUCUUUUACCCUCAGUGCAGUUAAAAAACCGCGACAGUCUAAAAAUAAAGAGUGGCUGCUGGGUUUGACAUUCAACAAGAUUCCCAAUUGUGUAUCUGAUAGUAAAUAUACUCUUGGGCAGCUAUUUCCUAAUUAGAAUAUACGACUUUAUUCUAUUUUGACUAAUAAUAUGACUUUAAAAUAUGUUUGGCAUUUGUUUGUCAGCAACAAGUAAUUUUAGCGUUUGAUUGCUGUUUGUUCGAACAAAUUUCAUCAUUGCCAGUUUGAGGUUUACCCAGGAGCCAGGAGCACCAUUAUCCCAAAAGCCUAAACGAAUACAAAACCGCGACCGUCAACAAUUGAAAAGGAUACUAGCUUUUGUACUGAAUAAUGAGCUCCCAGUUCUACUAUUAUAUUAAAAAUAUAUCUUACAGAAUUAUAACUGUUAUUUCACUCUUUUUAAAGCUAGAAGUUUGCCGUAUCUAAAAAUGAGGCAAAGAUAAAUAUUACGUUUCGCGUUUGUUUGAUAGUGACAAUCAGUUUUGGCGUUUGAUUGAUGUUUGUUCGAGUAAGUUUCAUAUAUCUGAUUGCCUGUUUGAGUGUUACCCAGGAGCACCAUCCUCGGGAAAGCCUAAAUGGCGAACACAAAAACACAACCGUCAAAAACUGAAAAUGAUACAGGUUUUUAUACUGGAUAAUUAAAACAGAUUCUACUAUCAUGAUAAACAUACAUUUUAUGAAAUCGUAAAUGCUUAUUGCAUUUUGUUAAAAGUUUGAAGUUUGCUGGUUUUCAAAACGAUGCAAUGACAAAAUAUGGGUUUCGCGUUUGUUUGAUAGCGACAAUUAAUUUUGGCGUUUGAUUGAUGUCUUGCUCGGUCAAGAAACCAUUUUGGUCGGUUUACUCGACCAAGAAUCUUGCUCGGUUAAUCGAAAAAUUUGAUCGAUCAAUUGCACCACUACUCAGAACAUCAGACCAUUGCGAUGCGAUCUUGUAGCGGAGGAAUAGCAUAGUCUGAUCUACUCAUUGGAAGUGUUCUUGGAAGUAAGUGGUUUCCAUAGUCGCCGGCGGACAGUUUGAAAGACUUCUUAAUUUCCAAAAUACUAGACUAGAUUAGAUCUUGAUAGAUCUAGUUCUAGAUCUAGGGAAGAUUGAAGAAUACCAAGAUCAAGAUAUCUAUAGUCGUCUUUGCUGGUUUCUUUGACUGUGAUAGUGACAGCUGAGAGUGAGACAAGUUUGGACCAUGGCAUGUGCCCCUGAGCGACAGGAGCCCCCACCCCGCCCACCACCUCCACGACCGUCACAGCGAACUCUGACAGCUCCAUCAGAAUCAGAGUCAAGCGUUCCCAACAGCCUGUCUGAUGUGAAGAGCUACAGCGACCUUAAGGGACUACGAGACUCCAUCUAUAAGUUUGUCGACUCUGCUCUGCAGGCUGAUGAGGGAGGGAAUAAAGCUUUGGCCUUCCAGAACUAUUCUGAAGGUCAUCGUCUAUUAGAAAUGGCACUGAGGGUCAACUGCGAACGUUUGCAGGAUUGCGGUGGGGGCCGCAUGGAUCAGGCCAAGUUAAUGAUUCAGAAAAUGAAUAAGACGAGGCAGGAAGUGACCUUCCGGCUUCAGGAGUUGCAGGGGUAUGCGGCAGAGGAGGCUCAACAGCAGAUGCAAAUGGAAGCGGACGCCCCACCCUCGUAUGAUGAAGCGAUGAGCGAGGGCCCGAGUUCCCUUCCUGGCAUGGAUGAGGAAAUGAUGCGUCUUGGGGACAGUAUCUUUGCUGGCGAAGCCUCUGGUGAGCGAGUGAGCCAUGGAACUAACCUCUUCAGCAUUCCGGACGGCGUCCAGAUCUUCUACAUCAACCCUGAGGGUCUUGUCAGUGCUCCUUCCUAUCCCAGCUCCUUGAACAUUGUCAGGUUCACAGGAGGUGAAGCCACCUCACAGCAUAGUGGGGCGCCACCUGCAUUCCUUCAUGUGGGCGACUGGAUGUAUCCACUGAUCCCAGGUGCAUCCCCGGCCCUGCGCACUAACUAUGGAGCUUACUUGUUCCCUGACGUCAUGUCCCAGCAACUAGGCUCAGCAGUGGGCCUCAUGUUGCCUGAGGGUCUUGCCGAGGGCGAACGGAGCAGGUUUGAGCAGCUCAUCCAGUCCUUCACUGUCAUGGAACAGCAAGGGGGACCACUCUCGCAACCAGCAGAGGCUCAAGAGCCCGCCACAGCCCCACCCUAUCCAUGCCAAGAAGAGCAACAAACCACAGAGAAACAAAGAGAGGAAGAAAGAGGAGACACAGCAUCUAAAAUCUCUCAUGGCAUUGUCACAGCGGCUGAGUGGAUCGCCUGGGGUGUGGGGAAAGGCGCUGAGAAGGCAGGGGAGCUUAUCAAGGCUGGCUCAGAGAAAUUUCGAGAACGGACAUCUCCAGGGACUUCAGAGCGCCACGUUGACCCUCGCGUGCAGAAGGGUGUGGUAUAUGCCAGGCAGGCCACCAAUGCCACUGUCAAGGUCACAGGAUUCAUUGUGAACAAGCUGGGGGAGGCGACCAUGUCCUUGGCCCGCCAGUUGGCUCCUCAUGUCCGGCGUCAGGGAGAGAAGUACGUUCCCAAAAGUCUGAGCAAACCCAACUCUGAGGGAGGCAAGUCGACACUUGAUGGUAUUGUGGAGGUCGCUGCCUCGGGACUGAAAGGUUUUGGCACGGUAUAUAUAGGCCUGGAGACGGCGGCUAAGUCCCUAGGGAAGAGCCUGGCCAACGAGACAGUCCAGGUGGUCCAACACAAAUACGGAAACCAGGUCGGUCAGCUGACCGAGAACUCGAUGUACGCGGCCGGCAAUGCCGUCCUCACAGCCUACAACGCUAACCACAUUGGGGUCAAGGCUGUGGCAAAACGGGCGGCCAAAGACACAGGCAAGGCCGUGCUGGAAGAUCUGAACAAUUCUCGUGGGCAGACGCAGACAGGUGGCAUGAAGGACGAGAAACGGACUCCUGAACAGGGCACUGAGAAGAAGCACACGUGAGAGAGGAGGCAGGGCGUGUUGGGGUGACAUAAUGUUAGUUGUGAAGGGUUGGAUUAUUUUUUCCAUUUAAAAAAAGGCCAAAAACUAUCAUCAAUUUAAAAAAACCCCAAUGCUAAUGCUCUGCAAUCUGUACUUGGAAGUCUUCCAUUUCCAGUGCUCAAGUAGCAGAGGGAGGAGGGGGGUGUAUGGGUAGCGCUUCCAGCUCUUCAUGGUGGAAGUGGGGAUUGUGACAUUCGUUUACUAUUAUUGCUGUUACCAUGACUGUUGCUUUUACCACAUGUUGUUAUUCUGUGAACUCAGAUGCUUUGAGGUUGUUGGAGCAUCCUACUGAAUGGUUUUUUUUCUGACAGGCAAUGUGAAGAAUAGAUCUAUGUUCUGUUCUUGUGCUGAGAGAGUUGUAAGGAUGCACUAAUUUAUUUGUGAAACUGGUUGUUUUUACUUUUUAUUUUCUAUUAUCUUCCUAAACUUUGGUGCUUGGUGUAAAAAAAAUUUUCCCAGCAGAGACCUGUUUAGUCCUGCGAACAUAACCUCAGACUCUUACAGAGAAGAUAUUUUCGCUCAGGAAUAGCCUCCAAAAUCGAAGUGAUUUGAUACCUCAAAGUAGAUUGCUGUAGGGGAAGGGGGAGAAUGAUAAGUUUUUGCAAAUUAUCAAUGUUCAUUUUCAAACCAAAGGUACCUCUAAGUUUAGUGAAGUUGCACAAAAUGUAUUGAAAUACUUGCAUAUAUUAUAGAUGGGUGUAUAUCAUCAAAAAAGUGGUCCUAAUAUGUUGUAUUACUGAGUGACUGUAUAGGUAAAUUGAUAUUACCUGACUACUAGCUCCCACCGUAAAAUCUAACAAGUUGAGUGGAAGAGCUGUUUCUUCCAAUGCCCCUAAAAUGUGAAAUUCGCUUCCUGAA